AUAAGGGAGGCUAGGGAUCGAUUUUCUCUAUCGAAUGUCUUGUCAAUCAAGCUCGUCGCAUCGAGCUUAUCUAAUGCAGUCUACAUAUAUCUUGUGUGAUUUGUCCAGCUUUCCAUGGGGUUAAGAAAGACAGAAACACUUCUUCUGUAUAAAGUCCCAUUUGCUACAUGUCAACUACCCCAUUCUCAUAUAUAGUAUUCAUUUUCUUCACCUUAUUCAUAAGUCUUUAUAUUAUGGAAAGAAGCAAAAGUGACUGCAAAAAUGGCCUUGAGUUCAUUGAAGAGGUGACUAGAAAUGUUGAUGAGGUCCAAAAAAAAGUUCUUGCUGAAAUCCUCUUCCAAAAUGCUCAUGUUGAGUACUUGCAGGGCCAUGGUCUCAAUGGUAGCACUGAUAGAGACACAUUCAAGAAAGUGAUACCUGUGAUCACUUACCAAGAUAUUCAGCCUCAUAUCAACCGUAUUAUUAAUGGUGAUAAAUCUCCAAUCCUAUGCUCCCAACCCAUCACUGAAUUAUUGACAAGUUCUGGAACAUCUGGAGGGGAGAGCAAAUUGAUACCAACAACAGAAGGAGAGUUUGGGAGGAGAUUUCAGCUCACCAAGCUUCAGAUGUCUGUGAUAAGCCAAACAGUUCCAGAUUAUGGAAAUGGCAAAGCAAUGUUUUUCAUGUUCAUAAGGUCUGAAGAGAAGACCCCAGGAGGAUUAACAGCUCGUUCUCUUUUAACGAGUAUUUUUAUGAGUCCUUAUUUCGACAACAUCCGUAUUCAAAAUGACUACACUAGUCCAAGUGCAACCUUUCGUUGCCCAGACACUUACCAAAGCAUGUAUUCGCAAAUGCUCUGUGGCCUCUCCCAAAACCAGCAAGUCAUCAGUGUUGGCUCCUUUUUCCCGACCAGCUUCAUCCGUGCCAUCAGGUUCUUGGAGAAGCACUGGUCUCUUCUUUGUAAGGAUGUCCGGACAGGAACUGUUGACGCCAGUAUAACUGAUCCAUCGGUGAGAGAAGCAGUGAUGGAAAUCCUAAAACCUGAUCCAAAGUUAGCUGAUUUUAUUGAGGCUGAAUGCACCAAAGAUUCUUGGAAAGGGAUCAUUACCAGACUAUGGCCCAAUGCCAAGUAUGUCAAUGUUACUAUAACCGGAACCAUGUCGCAAUAUAUACCCACCCUUGAUUAUUACAGCAAUAGCCUACCUCUUGUCAGUACCCUGUAUGCUGCCUCGGAGUGCUCCUUUGGAAUCAACUUGAACCUUUUUUGUAAGCCUAGUGAAGUGGCUUACACCCUCAUUCCCACAAUGGGCUACUUUGAGUUCUUACCAAAUCAGGGAAUCGAUGGAGUCGUCAAUUCUAUCUCCAUGCCUAAGACACUUAGCAAGGAAGAUCAACAACAACUGGUUGAUUUGGCUGAUGUCAAGAUUGGCCAGGACUAUGAGCUUGUCGUUACCACAUAUUCUGGACUCUAUAGAUACAGAGUCGGUGAUGUGCUUCGGGUUGCUGGAUACAAGAACAACGCGCCUCAAUUCAACUUUCUAUGCCGGGAAAAUGUAGUCUUGAGCAUUGAUGCUGACCACACUAAUGAAGUUGAGCUACAAAAUGCAAUGAGAAAUGCAUCGGCCAAUCUGUUUCCAUUUGAUGCACGUGUAACCGAGUACACCAGCUAUGUCGAUAAUGCCACCGUUCCAAGCCACUAUGUCCUGUUCUGGGAGCUGAGUGUGAAUGGCUCUACACCAAUUCCUCCUUCAGUCUUUGAAGAUUGUUGCCUCACAAUUGAAGAAUCUCUUAACUUCUUCUACCGCCAGGGCCGUGCGUAUGAGAAAUCCAUCGGGCCUCUGGAAAUCAGGGUGGUGGAAAUCGGAACUUUUGACAAGCUAAUGGACUACUGUGUCAGCUUAGGUGCUUCCAUGAGCCAAUACAAGACACCCCUUUGUGUGAAGUUUGAACCCCUGAUUGACCUGUUGAAUUCUAGGGUGGUGUCCAGCUACUUCAGUCCUAUGUGCCCAAAAUGGGUUCCUGGCUACAGGAAAUGGAACAACACGAAUUGAAUGUCAACCUUGUGCAUGUUUCAUAUAACUAGUCUAUGGGAACGUGCGUUGCACAUUUAUUCCAAAUUAUUUAAUACGAAGCUUGAAUUCUCGACA